AUGGACGAACGGCGGAGUGUGUCGAGCUUCUCCGCGCUGGGUAUCUCCCAGGCGCUGGUACGUGCUCUCAAGAUGCUUGCGAUCACUGUACCCACCCCCAUUCAAGCUGCGACGAUCCCUGCGAUUCUCGAGGGCCGCGACGUGAUCGGCGGCGCAGAGACCGGCUCCGGCAAGACGCUGGCGUUCGCACUGCCGAUCCUCAAUCAGCUCGCCAAAGAUAUGGCCGGCGGAUUUGCGGUGAUCCUCACUCCCACACGUGAGCUCGGCGUGCAGCUGCACGAGCAGUUCCUUGCCGUCGGGCAAGGCAGCCGCAUGGGCCUCAAGUGUGCCUUGGUCCUCGGCGGGAUGGAUAUGGUGAAGCAGGCGACCGAGCUGGCGGGUCAGCGCCCUCACAUUAUUGUCGCGACACCCGGACGCCUCGUGGACCUGCUGUCGUCGGGCGGCGCGCAGGAAUGGGGCCUCGAGCGCUGCAAGUACGUGGUGCUGGACGAGGCCGACCGCCUGCUCUCGCCGACGUUUGCUAACGAGCUCGCGUACCUCUUUUCGAUUCUUCCUCCUGCACGCAUGCGCCAGACGCUCCUAUUCACAGCGACGCUCACGCCCGAGAUUGAAAAGCUGACACAAAAGAAGCCCGAAGGAGACAAGCUUCCCCCGCUCCUGCGCAAAAUCGAGAUGUCGACGACGACCCCCGCGACGCUCACGCAAGAGUACAUCUUUUGCCCUUCGCACGUGCGCGAGCCGUACCUGGUGCAUCUGCUGCACCAUGCACCGUGCCAGCAGGCCAAGCCGCGCGCGGAUGCGGCGCAGAGCGUCUACCGCAAAGGCGCGCGCAAGGAGGUGCCGGUCGAGGACGAGGUGCCGCUCCCCAUGACGAUCAUUUUUGCGUCGCGGUGCCGCAGCGCCGAGCUCCUGUCGCGUAUGCUCACAGAGCUCGGCAUCCCGAACGUGUCGCUGCACUCGAUGCUGCACCAGAGCAAGCGCCUCGAAAACCUGCAAACCUUUCGUGCGAAACGUGUGCCGAUUCUCAUCUCGACCGACGUCGGGAGCCGUGGUCUGGACAUUCCCGACGUGCAGAUGGUGGUCAACUGGGACGUGCCCGCAGCGUGGGAGGACUAUGUGCACCGUGUCGGCCGUACCGCGCGUAAAGGCAAGCAGGGCUGGGCCGUGAGCUUUGUGACGGAGCACGACGUGGAGCUCAUCCAGAGCAUCGAGGAAAAGAUCCAAACGCAGCUCACCGAGCGCGAGCUGCCGGAGAGCAAGGUGCUCGAGCGCCUUUCCGAGGUCACUGCCGCGAAACGCGUCGCGGCCAUGGCCCUGCACGACGAGCACUUUGGCGAGCAGCGCGAGCGUAACAAGAAGAAAGCGCAGCUCGCCCAAGGCCAAGCGCCGCGGCCGAAGAAGCGCAAAGUUAAAGCAAGCGAGUAG